AUGGGGUUCCCGAGCGGACCCGCGGGGGACCGCGCGCUGGAGUUGGCGUACGACCCGUUGAGAUUUUUGGAGCGCGCGCGAGCGGCGCACGGAGACGCGUGCGGGGUGACGCUCGCGCGGGAGUCCGUGGUCUUGGUGAGCUCGCCGGAUCUCGCGAGAAAGGUGCUGCGGGAUGAGAAUGCGAGUUUUCAAAAGGAUGGCACGGCGUUCUUCCCGGGUUCGUCCUUGGCGGGGAACGGGUUGUUGGUGAGCGACGGCGAGACGUGGGCGCGACAGAGACGGUUGAGUAAUCCGGCGUUUCGUAAGGCGGCGGUGGAAACGUACGCGCGGUGCAUGAUCGACGUUGGGAAUCGCUUGGUGAGUCAAGAGUGGUCGAAAAGAGGGGUGAGGGACGUGUACGCUGACUUUAACGACGCGACGCUGGAGAUUGUUGCCAGGGCGCUCUUCGGAGCGGACGUCGUCGGCGAGCGUGCGAACAGGAUCAACGGCGCCAUCAAGGAUUCGUUUGAAUUUUUCGGCAGACGUGCGGCGACUGGGAUGAUCAUUCCCGAGUGGGCGCCGACGUUUGAUAACUUUCGAUACAACGAGGCGGUGAAACGACUCGAUGAAGAAGUGUACGGGCUCAUUUCCAAGCGACGUCGAGAUAUAGCCGCAGGAGAAGAAAAAGGCGAUUUAGACUUACUCGAUCGUCUCUUACUCGCGACGGACGAAGAAGAGCCGGAAUCAAAGGCGUCGGGGAUGUCAGACAAGGCGCUUCGCGAUGAGCUCAUGACGCUUAUGGUCGCUGGACAAGAAACGAGUGCAAUUUUGCUCUCAUGGGCCUGCGCGCUCAUCUCUGAACAGCCUGAAGCGGGGGAUAAGAUCGCGAACGAAGUGCGGGAGCUACUGCAGUCGAAGCCUCCUGGAUCAAAUCUCGACGCUGGCGAUUAUUCAAAACUGCCUUACACGGAGGCUUGUAUCUUGGAGACGCUGCGUAUUCGUCCUCCGGCGUACAUGGUGGGACGAUGCGCCUCACGGGACGUUGAACUUCGACCUCACGUGUUCAUCACUAAGGGGACCACCGUGCUUGUGGCGCCGUAUCUCAUUCAGAGAGAUCCAAAGUAUUGGAAUGAACCAACAUCGUUCAAACCGGAGCGUUGGCUGGUGCAGAGCCCAUAUUCGGAUGGUACACUCGCGCGCGACGCGCUGAAGAAUCUCGGACCUAACGACGCAUACUUUCCGUUCGGCGGUGGCCCACGAGUGUGCAUUGGCACUGGAUUCGCUAUGAUGGAGAGUGUUUUGUUACUCGCCCUUAUAUGCCAGGCGUGUGAACUUCGACUUCCGCCCAACUCGAGCCCACCAAAACCGAAAGCAUUGAUCACUCUUCGCCCUGACGCAAUCUCUCUGUUGGUCGGUCCUCGACCGCGACGCACUUAG